GAGCGGCGGUAAGUGAGCCGCGGCGGGCGAGGGUGUUGUGGGGUCUUGCUAGGCCGGUUUUGGAGGCCUGGAGUCAAGGGGCGAGCUCGCCGGGGAGGGCGAGGGUCACAGCAAGUCUCAGGAUCCUCCUCUGCCAGCUUCUGGGUGGUCUUCCUCCUCCAGGGACUCACUGAUUCCGGCUGGCGCCCUUCGUCUGUAGCCGCGUCCCCUCAGACUGGUUCAGUCCGGGGUCUUCUGACUUGGAAGCUCGUGCUGAUUUCCUAAGUCAGCCCCUCCUGUCCUCUUGGCUUCUCAAACCCCAUAAUGCUGGUAUCCAGUGCAUCCAUUCUCAAAAACUGAAGCUGAUGGACACCAGAUUGCAUGUGAAGGUGAAGGAUAUUAUAGCAGAAGGAAACCAAAAUGAAAGAAAAACAGCUCCUGGAAGUAACCAAUGAGAAGGAUAGAUAGAGUUUGAAGACUGUGGAUGUGACUGCUUCUUCCCUGGUUGACCCACUGAAGAAGAAAUCACGUUGAUUCAGAGUUGGCUUAGAGUAGAGACGGAGUUUCACCGUGUUAGCCAGGAUGGUCUCGAUCUCCUGACCUCGUGAUUUGCCCGCCUCAGCCUCCCAGAGUGCUGGGAUUACAGUAGGCAAGAAAUAAUGGCGGCAGCUACGGGGAAUCCUGGACUCUCUAAACUGCAGUUUGCCCCCUUUAGCAGUGCCUUGGAUGUUGGGUUCUGGCAUGAGUUGACCCAGAAGAAGCUGAACGAGUAUCGGCUGGAUGAAGCUCCCAAGGACAUUAAGGGUUAUUACUACAAUGGUGACUCUGCUGGGCUGCCAGCUCGCUUAACAUUGGAGUUCAGUGCUUUUGACAUGAGUGCUCCCACCCCAGCCCGUUGCUGCCCAGCUGUUGGAACACUGUAUAACACCAACACACUUGAGUCUUUCAAGACUGCAGAUAAGAAGCUCCUUUUGGAACAAGCAGCAAAUGAGAUAUGGGAAUCCAUAAAAUCAGGCGCUGCUCUUGAAAACCCUGUACUCCUCAACAAGUUCCUCCUCUUGACAUUUGCAGAUCUAAAGAAGUACCACUUCUACUAUUGGUUUUGCUAUCCUGCCCUAUGUCUUCCAGAGAGUUUACCUCUCAUUCAGGGGCCAGUGGGUUUGGACCAAAGGUUUUCACUAAAACAGAUUGAAGCACUAGAGUGUGCAUAUGAUAAUCUUUGUCAAACAGAAGGAGUCACAGCUCUUCCUUACUUCUUAAUCAAGUAUGAUGAGAACACGGUGCUGGUUUCCUUGCUUAAUCACUACAGUGAUUUCUUCCAAGGUCAAAGGACGAAGAUAACAAUUGGUGUAUAUGAUCCCUGUAACUUAGCCCAGUACCCUGGAUGGCCUUUGAGGAAUUUUUUGGUCCUAGCAGCCCACAGAUGGAGUAGCAGUUUCCAGUCUGUUGAAGUUCUUUGCUUCCGUGACCGUACCAUGCAGGGGGCGAGAGACGUUGCCCACAGCAUCAUCUUCGAAGUGAAGCUUCCAGAAAUGGCAUUUAGCCCAGAUUGUCCUAAAGCAGUUGGAUGGGAAAAGAACCAGAAAGGAGGCAUGGGACCAAGGAUGGUGAACCUCAGUGAAUGUAUGGACCCUAAAAGGUUAGCUGAGUCAUCAGUGGAUCUAAAUCUCAAACUGAUGUGUUGGAGAUUGGUUCCUACUUUAGACUUGGACAGGGUUGUGUCUGUCAAAUGUCUGCUGCUUGGAGCCGGCACCUUGGGUUGCAAUGUAGCUAGGACGUUGAUGGGUUGGGGCGUGAGACACAUCACAUUUGUGGACAAUGCCAAGAUCUCCUACUCCAAUCCUGUGAGGCAGCCUCUCUAUGAGUUUGAAGAUUGCCUAGGAGGUGGUAAGCCCAAGGCUCUGGCUGCAGCAGACCGGCUCCAGAAAAUAUUCCCUGGUGUGAAUGCCAGAGGAUUCAACAUGAGCAUACCUAUGCCUGGGCAUCCAGUGAACUUCUCCAGUGUCACUCUGGAGCAAGCCCGCAGAGAUGUGGAGCAACUGGAGCAGCUCAUCGAAAGCCAUGAUGUCAUCUUCCUGUUGAUGGACACCAGGGAGAGCCGGUGGCUUCCUGCCGUCAUUGCUGCAAGCAAGAGAAAGCUGGUCAUCAAUGCUGCUUUGGGAUUUGACACAUUUGUUGUCAUGAGACAUGGCCUGAAGAAACCAAAGCAGCAAGGAGCUGGGGACUUGUGUCCAAACCACCCUGUGGCAUCUGCUGACCUCCUGGGCUCAUCACUUUUUGCCAACAUCCCUGGUUACAAGCUUGGCUGUUACUUCUGCAAUGAUGUGGUGGCCCCAGGAGAUUCAACCAGAGACCGGACCUUGGACCAGCAGUGCACUGUGAGUCGUCCAGGAUUGGCCAUGAUUGCAGGAGCCCUGGCCGUGGAAUUGAUGGUAUCUGUUUUGCAGCAUCCAGAAGGGGGCUAUGCCAUUGCCAGCAGCAGUGAUGAUCGGAUGAAUGAGCCUCCGACCUCUCUUGGGCUUGUGCCUCACCAGAUCCGGGGAUUUCUGUCACGGUUUGAUAAUGUCCUUCCCGUCAGCCUGGCAUUUGACAAAUGUACAGCUUGUUCUUCCAAAGUUCUUGAUCAAUAUGAACGAGAAGGAUUUAACUUCCUAGCCAAGGUGUUUAAUUCUUCACAUUCCUUCUUAGAAGACUUGACUGGUCUUACAUUGCUGCAUCAAGAAACCCAAGCUGCCGAGAUCUGGGAUAUGAGCGACGACGAGACCAUCUGACAUGGCCCCGCUGUGGGGCUGACUUCUCCCCGGCUGCCUGCUGAGGAGCUCUCCAUCGCCAGAGCAGGACUGCUGACCCCAGGCUUGGUGAUUCUGGGCCCCUCCUCUCCAUACCCUGAGGACUGGGACCCCCCCUCUGCUGCAGGAGCGGCCAGUGUUCGGCGUUGCUCGGGAUUCAAGAUGCCACCAGUUCAGAGCUAAAUAAUAACCUUGGCUUUGGCCUUGCUACUGACCUGGGA